AUGGAUGAGGAUGAAGCCAGCCAAGCGGCCUAUUGUUUGCUGGCCAUGUCAAGAGGCACCACCGCCAGUUCCAGUUCCAGCGAUCGACUCGGAUGCAAAGGUGAUUCAGCCUUGAGCGCAGCUUUAGGCCAUCAGACAGUGAUGGAGGAGCUAGCAACCAGCAGCAACAGCCCUUAUUCCACCGUGGCGGCUAUUGCUAUUCCAGCUGCUGCCGAUACUACUGCUGCUGCUGCUCAAACAAGUUCAAACAGGAAUGCUGGUGUUGUUGUUGCUGCCGCUGCCGCCGCCAUACAACCAGAGUCGCCGUUCAUGAUCGCCCGCAUUCUGACGGAUCUCACCCGCGUGCGUCAGGAUCUUUUCAGCGUUGAGCCCUUACAACAACCUCAAAUGCCUCCGUCCGCUUCCUGCAAGCCAUCCGGCCAGCGAAAUCAGAAUGCAGUACAGGGAGGCAGCGGCAGUAGUAAAUUGCACCAUUGUUCGUAUCCGGCAUGUGAACGGACCUACGGGAAGAGUUCCCAUCUCAAAGCUCACAUGAGAACUCACACCGGUGAACGCCCAUUCGGAUGCACCUGGCCGAGUUGCGAUAAGAGAUUCGCCCGGUCGGACGAGUUGGCCCGUCACAUCAGAACACAUACGGGUGAAAAGCGAUUCACUUGCUCCGUGUGCCAAAAGAAAUUUACACGAUCAGAUCACCUCAGCAAACAUGUGCGGAGACAUUCAAAGAUGGACGAAGGAUCGCCGAAGAGCCGGCGCAUCAAACCAGCGGAUAACAAGAUGAUCAUCAGCGUAAGCCCAACGGCGUCGCUCGAUUCCAGCGAUGGAUGCAGCACAAAUCAAUCGUUCGUUUCUUACAGUUCCGAGAAGGAUGCGACUAGGUAG